GAGAUGCUGACCUACUUCCGGUCUUUGUGACUCAUUGUGUCUGUGGCGAGGUGUUGGGAGGGCCUAGGUCGGUGUGCAGUGCCCUUCGGCCGGGUUGAACCUGGGAGUCAGCCGUGCUUGGUCGCCCGGCGUCCCCAGGCCGCUCCGGAGACUCACGGAACAGUGCAGAAACCAAUAGAAGAUAGUUGCUAGGACAGAAACUGCAGCCUGACCCUGUUGGACUCCACCUAAAUGAUGACUGCUGAGUCAAGGGAAGCCACGGGUCUAUCCCCACAGGCUGCACAGGAGAAAGAUGGUAUAGUCAUUGUGAAGGUAGAAGAAGAAGACGAGGAAGACCACAUGUGGGGGCAGGACGCUAGCCUUCAGGAGACGCCACCACCCGACCCAGAGGUGUUCCGCCAACGGUUCAGGCGCUUCUGUUACCAGAACACUUUUGGGCCUCGAGAAGCUCUAAAUCGACUAAAGGAACUUUGUCAUCAGUGGCUUCGACCAGAAGUCAACACCAAGGAACAGAUCUUGGAGCUGUUGGUACUGGAGCAGUUCCUGUCCAUCCUGCCCAAAGAGCUGCAAGUGUGGCUGCAGGAGUACCGGCCUGACAGUGGAGAAGAGGCCGUGACUCUUCUGGAAGACUUGGAACUUGAUCUGUCAGGACAGCAGGUCCCAGGUCAAGUUCAUGGGCCUGAGAUGCUUGCCAGGGGUGUGGUGCCUCUGGAUCCAGUUCAGGAGUCCUCAAGCUUCGACCAUCAUGAAGCUGCCCAGUCUCAUUUCAAGCAUUCGUCUAGAAAGCCUCGUCUCUUAUCACCCCGAGCUCUCCCUGCCACCCACGUUCCUGCCCCUCAGCAUGAGGGGAAUCCCAGAGACCAGGCGAUGGCAUCUGCACUAUUGACCGCAGAUUCCCAGGUUCUGAGAACAGGAAUGGAAGUGAGUCAACCUCAAAAGCUGAAGUCAAAGGAGAUUCCACCUCACACGGGGAGAUAGCAGGAAGAUUCCAGAAAGAGUUUGGAGAGAAGCGGGAACAGCAGGGCAGAGUAAUUGAAAGGCAACAGAAAAAUCCUGAAGAGAAAACUGGCAAAGAGAAGAAAGCCCCUGGGCCACCUACAGCCAAGGAAAAGAAGCCCACCACAGGAGAGAGGGGCCCAAGGGAGAAGGGUAAAGGUUUGGGAAGAAGCUUCAGCCUGAGUGCAAACUUUAAUAAUACUCCCGAGGAGAUUCCAUCAGGAGCAAAGACUCAUAGAUGUGAUGAGUGUGGGAAAUGUUUCACAAGAAGCUCAAGCCUUAUCCGCCAUAAAAUCAUCCACACUGGAGAGAAACCCUACGAAUGUAAUGAGUGUGGGAAAGCCUUCAGUCUCAAUUCAAACCUUGUCCUACAUCAGCGAAUCCACACAGGAGAGAAACCGCAUGAAUGUAACGAGUGUGGCAAAGCCUUCAGUCAUAGCUCGAAUCUUAUCCUGCACCAGCGCAUCCACUCUGGAGAGAAGCCCUACGAAUGUAAUGAGUGUGGCAAAGCCUUCAGCCAGAGCUCAGACCUCACGAAGCACCAGAGAAUCCAUACGGGGGAGAAGCCCUAUGAAUGUAGUGAAUGUGGAAAAGCUUUCAACCGAAACUCAUACCUUAUUUUGCACCGGAGAAUUCAUACCCGAGAAAAGCCCUACAAGUGCACUAAGUGUGGCAAGGCCUUCACCCGAAGCUCAACCCUCACACUGCACCAUAGAAUCCAUGCCAGAGAAAGAGCAUCAGAAUACAGCCCAGCCUCUCUGGAUACCUUUGGAGCAUUCCUGAAAAGUUGUGUGUAAAGCAGGAGUGUGUCAUCAAGCCAUUUCCCCCCUUUUGUUUCUGGAAUUAUGUCAGACCUACGUGCCCAUUGAGGGAAAAGUAAUAGCACCAUCCAAUUGUUUGAGAAGUCACACUUCAGGAUCCCUGAGAAGUACAUCAACAGUGUCCUGUAAUUCUUAUAGUCCUUGCAAGGGAAAGCUGGUCUUGUGGGUGUUCUUCCACUCAAGAUAAAAGUGCACACACAAUGUGUGUAAAACGUCAAGCUUUCUAGUAAUGGGUAUAACUUUAAGAUUUGCUUCCCAGCAACCACACCAUGUAGUUGAUGAGUCAAGAUUAGCUCUGUGAAUAUUAAACUGAAGUUAAGAAGCCACUUGCUGCAAACAAGCCUGUUAUUUCUCAAUGAAGAGAGAUAGUUGAUACAAAAACUACAUUGGGACAUGCUGCUCAAGCAAGGUAUAUAUCCAGAAGGUUGUAUAUCCGAUCACUGGUAGCCUGCCAAAGCUAUAGAAAUCUAGGACUGUGCUGGUCAGAAUCAAACCAAAGAUUUCUAUCUCUUUCUGAAAGAGGGCAUAUGUACCAGUUUGUAGUUCCAAGGACUGUAACAAAUAUGGAGAGCCCUGCACUCAUCAGUGAGAUCAGUCCUACCUGCGGGAAUAGCAAUUCAAGAUGCUUCUCUUCCUCUUCAACAUCCCUAAAGCACUCUAGCACUCCUAAAUGCACUCUCCACAAAUUAGCACUUGAUUGUAUGGCAUCUUUUAAUCCUUCAUAGUUCAGUGUUGGAAGCUUUUAUCAGUCACCACCACCUCCCCCAAAAAAGAUGCUUCAGUUGUGAAGAAAUAUAGUUCUGUUCCUGACAGCACAGCACUGGAUGUCGUACUGAACACACACAAGGCACUCCUGAUGGACUUCUAACAGGACUAUCAUAUUUGUGCUGGAGUCUGUGAAUCAUGUGAGUACCUGAACUGUGGUACCUCCAGACCUAUAGGCCAUACUGUACCGUAUCCUAGGUCAGUGUUAUUUUUGUCCCAAAUAAGCAGAAGCUUGGUUAACCACCUGCAGAGACUGCAAAUGUGGAUCAGCAAGCAGAUGCCACAGAAUGUCAGAAACGCUUCCUGUCGUCCACUCACAGAAGAAAACCGUGAACACUAACUAUAAAGUUUUGUUUGUAUGACAUCAUUCCACGGCAAAGAUCUUGUUCCUGGCCAGAGUUCUUUUCAGUCAGCUGCUGAAUAGUGGUGUUUUGAGCACUUGCUGAGUUGUUCAAAACUUAGCUAAUGCUGUUCAAAAGAUGUGAUGGGUUUUUGUUGUUCUUUCAUUUGAUUUGGGGGGGGGUGGUAAUUUGUUUAUUUCUCAGAGAUAGGGAAAGUUAAAGGAAGCAUUUUCCCCCCACAUUUAACCAUAAACUUACAGAAGCAUCUGUCAUCAUUAGCUGUCAAUAGCUGAAGAUGUCCUGUUGCUGUAAAAAGUUCACCACCACACUGGUAUGGUUGGUUGUGUCAACCACACAAUAGCACACAAUGUCUUUUCUAUUUCUCAUGAAAGACUGAUGUGAGGAAGUGAGGUUAGGGGAUUUUAGUCUUUCCUAUCAUCUCUGCAGGUGGCUUCCCAGAAGCUCUUGAUGGAGACAUAAUACAUACAGGAGACCCCCAAGUAUCAUACACUAUGCAGGAGUUGGGGGCUUGAGAAGACAGCUUUAUUCAAGAAAGCAUUGAGAUAGUGUGGACAGCCCUACAGAACCCUAGAAACAUAAGCUAAAGACAAACUUGAAGACUAUUGACGUGGAUGCCCCACAUACGGUUUGAGAUUUCCCCUCAAGAAACAACUAAAAUCAUCUUGACACCAGUUGUUCACUGACCAGCAGCAAAAGUCAGUGAGACACAAUAGCAGCAGGUCUCAUCAGGUUGCCGCCUGUGGCCUCUGCUCCAGGUCAAACUAGAAUCCUACAAGCAAUCACCGGUCCCUGUUUGACUAUUUCUUAGACCAGUCUGAGCUGUUUGCUCAGUGCUGCCUGUGAGUACUCUGUCCACCCAGCUGAAAAUUGGCAGAGCUACUCUGAAGAUUGUGCCCGACUCGCUUUCUGGGGUGAGGUGAAGGCAGAGAGAUGCUUUAAGGUUCUUCUUACAGGACUGAGUCAUGGUAAUGGUGGACUUUUGUGGGAGAGUUCUGGCCUGCUAGAAAAAUAAAAGGUAACUGAAAGAUACAGGACUCCAGGAGCUCAUCCAGACACUGGCUUUGAUCCCAAGAAAGAACUUUGGUCAUUUCCCUCUUGGCUGCUUAUACACAGUUAACUACACGCUGAUCACACUUCAGCCAUUAGUCUUUGCUCUUAAGUGAAAUUAAGACAGACUUGUGCUCCUAACCCUCAUUUGAUUCCCAUUUUUGGGGGACAUCUAUUAGAUAGUCACUGGGAUGGCUUCAGAUCUUUCAGGGACGCAGUCCUGGAGGCAGCCAUCUGAAGAUACAUUUUACUUAGAAAGCAGACUAUAGGUGGUUACCCAAAUUUCUUAGAUUCUCAGCAGUGUCACUGCAUCAUGGUUAGUGUUCAAGCUAGUUAACAGCUAAGUGCUUACUAGUUAACCAUCAACAUGCCAGUUGACAUGAUGGGACUUUUAAGACUUUAAAUGUACUUUAUGACAAAAGUCAGAUUCUUCAAGUUGUGACCUUUCUACUCCAGCCUGGCAGGCAAGGCUAAGCAUAUAUGUGUGAGAUAACUUUAUAUGUAAAGCACUUGAUAUUAAAGGCAUAAACGUGAGAUUGUUAAAUGUGUGUAGAGAGACAUGUUGAAUAUAUGGGACAGUCCAUGCCUUACACCAGAAAGUUUCUGGUCUGAGUGACAUCUGGCAAAGGUUACACUGUAAAUAAACUGUGAGGCCAACUUCAUAGUACUCAUUGCUUUGGACAGGAAGUUCCCUUGGUCUGUCCCAGUCAUGCAGUAAGUUCCAUAAACUGCCAGGAGAGCUCAGUCUUAACUCCAGAGGCUCCACAGGAGAACCCCAGUGUGGGAAUGCUAAAGAAACAGUAAAAACACAACUUUUACAAACUGUAAACAUUGAGUACCUCAAUGUAUUUUGUAAGGCCAUAAUGUCAGUGUGUUUUGGUACUUCACCCCUCCUGUCGUUCUUUCUAUUCCUGUUCAGCCUGUUGAACAGAACCAACCACCAGGGAGCGGGGAGAAAGUGAAGUUUUGGAGUAACUAAGAAGCCGUGGUUAUAAACAUGAUUAGGUCUCAGAACUAGCGGUGGGGAGGAAACUACUUAGGUUGAAUCAAGAAAAGUCUGUGAAAAGAGCUCAGUAGGGCUGGAGAGAUGGCUCAGUAGUUAAGAGCACUGCUCUUCCAGGGGUCCUGAGUUCAAUUCCCAGCACCUAUAUGGUGGUUCACAACCAUCUGUAAUAGGAUCUGAUGCCCUCUUCUGGUGUGUCUGAAGACAGCUACAGUGUACUCAUAUAAAUAUAAAUAUAUCUUCUUUUAAAAAAAAAAAAAAGAGCUCAGUAGAACACUAAAGUGCCCCUUCCAAGCUGCCUGGUCUCUGUCAAUCAAAGGGAAUGGGCGGGCCCUGGCUUGGAGGUGUACUGAGGGUCUUCUCCAUUGUUAGUAUAUUUGGGGGAAAUCUAUAAUCAACAGAGGAUAGGAAGUAUACCAGAAAGGCUUGUCUGCCCAGAUUCUGUGAACCAUGGUACCAUCGUUGUUUUCCCACUCAUAAAUCCUCUAUGCUUAGACAAAUAGGGACUCAGUCCACAGGAAACACAAGGUCUUGCAGAGAAGGGGAGCAAUCUCAGAGUUUGCAAAGCGUUGCAAGAUUUACGUUUGCUCUGUCUUUGCUUUCUCUGCUGCCAGUCUCUGGUCCAUUUAUACUGAAGAGAUAGUGUUUGAAGAUUCAUAGCUGUGAAUGUUUGUUGAUUUAAGAUUUUACUUAGAAUUGCCAACUUUAUUCCCAAUAGGCAUUCCAGUAGGCAAUGCUGAUCUGUUUAUCGAAAGGGAACUUCAUCAGGCUCAUCUUGCCGUCCUCAUGGAAGACUCAUUCCGUCACUGGAGUGACAAUGCUGAGACACUCAAGACAGCAAACUUGCCACAGAGCCCUUUUCUGUGUCCCACUAUGAGCAACCCUAAGAAGUCUGUAUGAAGAAGGACUAAGGGUGUGGUUCCAUCCCUGCACUGCACCAAAAGGAUGUGGUGGCACAUGCCUGUGAUCCCAGGACUUGGGAAGUAGAGGCAAGAAGAUCGGGAGUUUGGGAUCAUCCUCUGUGACAGCAAGUUUGAGACCAGCCUGAACUUCAAGAGAUCCUAUCAAAAACAAAACCUGUUAAACAAAAAACCCCACAUACCUAUGUGUAUAGCUGUAAGGGAGCCAGGCAUGGUAGUACAUUCCUUUAAUCCCAGCAUUUAGGAGGCUGAAACAUGAUUUCACAGCCGGCCUUUCUCCAAAGAAAUGGAAAUGUGCAGGUAUUUCCCAUUAGGGAAACAAAGGCCUAUGAAUUGUAUGAAAUAUAGAACCAGAGAGGCAAACUUAAAUGAUAUAAAUAGAUCGCUUCAUAGAAAUCAGUAGAUUUUGAUUUCAUCUACUACUGGAGACAAGCAUUGUUGGAAAAGUUUUCCUAACAUAGCUCUAGGCUUUGCUCUUAGUAUGAAAACACUACUGUAAGUUUUAAAGAAGUCACUUAUUUUGCUAUUCAUAUUCUGUUUAAUGUCUGAAAAUACCUGUCUUAAAACUUUGUAAAACAAACUUGAAGUUAUAGGUAAGGUAAGCCAUCACCAGUACUGCAGGUCAAACAUUGAGUUUUGGAAAUCGUUUUGAUAUCCCAUAAUACUAAUAUCCUAGUAGUUUUUUAUUAUCUGGUUCUGUUUCCUAGUUGAUAUCCCCAAUCCCAUGUUUUUCUAUAAUAUUCUAAACAGCAAAAUGACAGUGAAGGUUGCUCAGUUCUAAGCUGUGGUUCCAAAUGAAAAGUCACAGUCUUCUGUGAAAUUAAGAAUUGAUUUUUUGUUUUUGUUUAAUCUGGGAGGUUGUGAUACACCCCAUUACAAAAAACUGACUCAAUUGAACUGACUCAAAUCACUUGAUCAUUAGCCAACUUAAUUGAUCCUUAAAGUGGUCUCUGUACACAAGCACUCAUGAGGUUUGUGAAGGAUUAGAAGAGGCUGGACCAAAACUUGGAUUUCAUUCCAGUUUGGGGCUGAAUCCUUUUGGCCCACAAAAGGACAACCAAUCACACUGAGUCUCAUUUAUCCUGUAAUCUCCAUAUAUGUUACAAGAGAAUAGUCAAGUAAGGUCUAGCAACCUCAUGGUCUGCUAAGAAAGUGCUGAGGCCAGAGAAGGUUGGUGGGGGGUUGGGGGGGUACUUGCUUACCUUCCUCUCCAUUUAAUUGGUAACAACUUGAAGCUUCCAGUCUACCCCAGCUGGACUGGGAGUGAGACUUAACCUGGAAUCCCUCAGUGAGGGGUGCAUUUACAUAGAGCACCCCAUGAAUGUGAGUGACCCCAGCAUGUGGUGCAGCUCUUGCCUAGAAUACCCUGGUGAGGGAUUAGGGGUACGCUAGAGGGUGGGGUAUGAUGUGUGGCUCAGGAGUGGAGCGAUUGCCUAGCAUGCAAGUCCCUCGGGUGCAAUCUCUAGCACUGCCUGCCCCAAAAGUUCUUACUUCCUCAAUGGAGGAAGAUUGUGAUUAAAUAGAAAAAUCUUGUCCUAAGAGUACCAGUGUUAAGGGUUAGGGUGGUUGUGCAAGCAAAAUUUUAAAUUGAGUGUAUUUUUAUAAACUUUCAGUUAAAGAUUAUUGCAAGCAGGUCCGUGAUGAUAAGCCUAAAUUUAUAUAGUUAACUCAGGCACUGUCUUUUUGUUCAUAGGCUAGAUAAACCAUCCUGUUUCAUCCAUUCACAGCAUAUAUUAGAAUAAAUUAGACCCAAAGAAGAAACUUUGUAUGCCAGCAGGAUUAAAUCAUUGCUGUUAAAAAGUGGAUCCUUGAUUUGACCAGCCUCUGAAGAGUCCAGAUGCUCAGUAGAUGUUCAAUAAAUAAUUUUUAAAUGGAA